CCUACCUUUACGACGAUAACAACUAUGGCGGCUGCCAGUGGUAGAUUUGAAAGUGAGAGGAGUAUUGAAGAACGUAAAGAACAGACUCGGAUUGCCAGGGCCGAAGUGUUGCGCCAGGCUAAAGCCAGUUUUGAAAAGGAAGAAAGGUGUAAAGAACUUAAGCGACUUCGGGGUGAAGAUACAUGGAUGCUACCUGAUGUGAACGAGCGAAUUGAACAAUUCUCACAGGAACACUCUGUGAAGAAAAAGAAGAAAAAAGACAAGCAUCCAAAAAAAGUAAAGAAAGAGAAGAAGAAAAAGAGCAAGGAACAGAAAUAUGAAAAUGAGUCAGCUGAUAGUUCAUCAAGCUCUGAAGAUGAGUGGGUUGAAGCUGUUCCAUCCCAGAUUCCUAGCAAAGAAAAGGCCUGGAAAGUGAAAGAUGAAAAGUCAGAAAAAGAAGAUGACCACCAAGUUAUUCAGAGGGAUGAGUGGAUGACUGUUGAUUUUAUGUCUGUUAAAACUGUGUCAUUAUCAUCACUCAAAGCUGAAAAAGAAACUCUAAGGAAAAUGGAGCAAGAGAAAACCCAGGCAGUUGAGCAGUCCAGACUGUUGGAAAGAGAAUUGAAUCCAUACUGGAAGGAUGGUGGGACAGGUCUUCCACCAGAAGAUUGUAAUAUGUCAUCAGUUACUAAAGUUUCAGUAGUAGAAGAUGGUGGAUUAAGCUGGCUAAGGAAGUCAUAUCAAAGAAUGAAGGAACAAGCUGAGAAACAAAAUAGAAAUUUUGAGGACAUUGUAGCUGAAAGAUAUGGGUCAAUGGAAAUAUUUCAGUUGAAAUUAGAAGAAGCUGAAAAAACUGCAUCCCAAAAAGAAGAUUAUACACAAAAAUGGUGGAGGAAACCAACAUAUACAGAUAAAGCACAAAAUAGUCAAGAAAGUAAAAAAUCAAACUUAGUAAAUUAUAAUAAACGUUCAAGGGAUAGAUAUUGUACAACAGAUAUUGCAAACAAUAUCAAUAAGGAUAAGUUUAUUGGCGAAGAAAAAGAUAAUAGAUCUGGGUCUUCAGAAACAAGUAGAAAAGAAUCUGAUCUAAGGCAAAACCAAGAAUUUUCUUCUCCUAGAAAUUUGAGACCUAAAUUCUUAAGACCCUCUGAUGAUGAAGAACUGUCAUUUCCCAGCAAGGGCAGAAAUUUUGAACCAUCGAGUUCAUCUUCAGCAUUAGUAGCCCAGGGUUCUUUGAGUUGUGGUUUCCGAAAACCCACUGAAAACAGCGAGAGAAGUUUAUCAUCAUGGAGUCGAUCUGACAGGAGAGACGGAGACAAGAGACAUUCAAAUCAAAAGCCAUUAGAAACCAACAGUAGUAUGGACUACCAAAACAUUCCAGAACCCGUGAGAGAAAAAUCACAAGAUGAAAGCUUGAGAGAGAAUUCUCUGAAGAAAGAACAUCUGCAGGAUACAAGGUUUUCAUUUUCUGGGAGUUCAGAAAAUGAGUCCAUCCACAUCCUGAGUGUUGAUGAGAAGAACAAGUUGGGUGCCAAGAUUAUCAAGGCAGAGAUGAUGGGAAAUAUGGAAUUAGCUGAACACCUUAAAGCCCAACUUGAAAAAGCAAAUAAAUUCAAAGAAACUACAACACAGAUAUCAUCCAAAAAAUCUGGGGAAGAGACUGAAGACCAGCAAGAAGUGAUCCUGGUUAAAACAGAUCAGUCUGGAAGAGUAUGGCCUGUGAACACACCAGGAAGAUCUGUGGAAUCAAAAGGAGAAAGACAGAGGAGACAGGUUCCAACUCAUGAGGAAAAAGAAAGGGUCCGAUAUUUUCAUGAUGAUGAUAACCUAAGCCUAAAUGAUUUAGUCAAAAAUGAAAAGAUGGGAACAGCAGAAGAUCAAAACAGACUUUUUAUGAGAAUGGCAUCUAAGUUCAUGGGAAAAACGGAUAGAGACUAUUAUACUCUGGAUGACAUGUUUGUUUCCAAAGCAGCUGAGAGAGAACGUCUUGGUGAAGAUGUGAACCAGAGGAAAAAAGCUAUUUCUGAGCACCAGAGUCUUACUGCACAAAUGGAAAAAUGUCUGUAUUGUUUUGACAGUGCUCAAUUUCCCAAGCACCUUAUUGUUGCAAUAGGUGUUAAGGUUUAUUUAUGUUUACCCAACUUUCGGUCUCUUACUGAGGGACACUGCCUGAUAGUCCCUUUGCAACACCACAGAGCGGCUACCUUAUUGGAUGAGGACAUCUGGGAAGAAAUUCAGAUGUUCAGAAAAGCAUUGGUAAAGAUGUUUCAAAGUAAAGGAUUGGACUGCAUCUUUUUGGAAACCAACAGGAGCAUGAAAAAACAGUAUCAUAUGGUUUAUGAAUGCAUUCCUCUCCCGAAGGAAAUGGGUGAUAUGGCUCCUAUCUAUUUUAAGAAAGCCAUAAUGGAGUCUGAUGAAGAGUGGUCCAUCAACAAGAAAUUAAUUGAUCUGUCUUCAAAAGAUAUCAGAAAGUCUGUACCCAGAGGCUUACCUUACUUCUGUGUGGAUUUUGGCCUUCAAGGAGGAUUUGCUCAUGUUAUUGAAGAUCAGCACAAAUUCCCUCCUUACUUUGGAAAGGAAAUCAUUGGUGGGAUGUUGGAUAUAGAACCAAGACUUUGGAGGAAAGGAAUACGAGAAAGCUUUGAGGACCAGAGGAAGAAGGCACUGCAGUUUGCUCAGUGGUGGAAACCAUAUGACUUCACCAAAAGUAAAAAUUGUUGAAAUGUACCUAUCAUUUUUUAUUUCCCCUUUAGAUCCUUUUCAGUUUUUAUUUCCAUCAUCUAACUAAACAGCUGAUCCUUAGGCUAUAGGGAAAGAGGGUUAUGGCAGCGAACUGCUGUGGGUCACUGAUAACCCUCAGUUGCUUCUGUGGACUUCAUUUUAGUAAACACAGAGUAAGAUGAGAUAUAUUGGAUGACCUGCUCACGUUCCUGUUCUGUCCCUAAUUCUUGGUGUUCUUAACUAUUACAAUUGAUUGUAGAAAAGGUCUUCUCUGAAGGAAUAUCUAGGGCAUAGCACAUCACCAGUUCCAAGAGAGGUGGGUCUACUCCAAGGUUGUUAAGUCAGUUAACUGGCUUCUUUUGCAUUUUUUUUAGAAAAGACUUGGCAUAUUUAGAAUAACCAAAAUUUCUUUUCAAAGGAUUUUAUAGAAGAGCUCUUCAUUUUCAACCAGUAUAUAAUAUCACUGCUACUGUUUUUGUUAAAGGAAAAAGAAUGUCCCAAAAGUAAUAAAGAAUUGAUAAUGAAAAUAUAA